AGGGUUACAGGAAGAAUGUGUGCGGCGGCGAUUGGCAGUGGGAAGAUGGCGGUGUUCAGGCAGGUUUACAACCUGGUGUUCAAGAGAACUUCCACCUUCGCGCUGAGCAUUGUGCUGGGCGCCAUCUUCUUCGAGAGGGUGUUCGACCAAGUCGGAGAUGCUGUGUUUGAGCGCAUCAAUGAGGGGAAACUCUGGAAACACAUCAAACACAAUUAUGAGAAAAAUGAGGAAGCAUAAAUAAAAUUCCGUACUGCAUGGUGUUUUCCAUCUCCUGGAAUGUUGCUCCUGUUGAACAGCCCAGCAUUAUAAUGCCAUCCACCAGGACUAUUAACUUUAACAGACUGUUGACAUAUUAUUUUGUCAAUUCCUGAAAAAUGGAUUGUUACUGUAAUUGAACUAAUGCUGGGUCCAUUUGUUGAAAAUGAUUACAAAGAUAUAAAUAUCUAAAAUUCAACAAUU